UUUGAAUCUGCGGCGUUUUGAAGUAUGUAAACAAUGCCGGUCUGUUCGUCUGAAAAAAUUGUUCUGUAUACAGAUUAACUGUUUUUCGAUUAUUGGAUUCAAUAUUAAGCGUUUUGAUGGAGCGUUACAUGCUAGAUUUGAGUCGUGUGUUUUCCGACCACCGCCAAAAAGUGUUUGUGGGUCGACGGAUGUCAUGGAAGCAUAUUGAAUGUUUACUAGACCAUGUGCGUUCCAUUUUCGGAAUAUCCGCUACCAUUUAUUUGACGAACGGAGAUGAUGUUCUGUUUCCCGAUUCUGAGGUGCUAGACAUGAUUCAAAAAAGUGAUACGUUGAGAAUACAUUGUGCAACUAGUUCAGAAAGUACGCAAAAUAAUCAAAAUAAAUGCGGACAAACGAAUGGAGAUAAUUCCAAAUCAUAUACCAAUGGAGAAAAAAGUAAACGACAGAUUGAAGCUCCCAGUAGGAAGCACAAAGUCAUCGAAGAAUCCUCAUCCGACGACAGUGACGAAGAAGAAAAUAAUUUGCCGAAAAUUUUCGCAGGGCUUGAAACCGUAAUGGAAAAAAAUGAAUCUGUAGAAGAAACCGACAAACCAAAACGAAAACGAGUUCGAAAACGAAAAUCGAAAAAGAAAGAUGAAGCACCUUCUCCUAAGGUGGUGGUGAAAACAUACGGCAAAAGUAAAACGCCUUCAAUAAUAGUGCAGAAUGGCGAAUCUGCUAAUCACGUAAGGUUUAAUGACGAAGAUGACAAAGAGGAUAAAAAUGACAUCCAGUCUAACGAUGAGCCAUAUAUGAACUGCAAUCGGAACACUGUUCCCCGUGUGGUUUGUGCGGUUUCCCAACCAGUAAACACUACAAUAAAUGACGAGAUACCCGCAGUUCCAGAGUACGAUGACACUCCAGCGAUAGAAUUGGAUGAUAUCGUUCAAAACGCUCAGCGCAGGACACGCGUACGGAAAGCGAAGAAAGCUGUAGAGAUCAAACAAGAAUUGAUCGAAAUCAACACCGCACGGGAAGCAUCCCCAACGUGGGAUGACGAGAUAAGCGCUGAUAAGAAGCAAUUUUUAUCGAACUACAGUGGAGUAGAAUUUUGGACAAGUCUUCGGGAUGCGGUGGAAAAUUUCCCCGCGAUAAGCAUUCCGAGUGUACACGAUAUUAUCGCUCAUCGAUUCGAAGGUGAAUCCUGUUUGUCCUUUGUGGAGUGUGUUGAGGAUGAUGGCAGCAAUAACUCGUUCGGAUUGAAUUUGACUUUGCGGAAGCUAAAUAUAUUGAAACCGUGCGUUUUUUGGGCGAAAUUAAAUCAACUAACAGAAGUUAGAUUGGUAGCUACUUUCCAAGGCUGAAAUAAACACUCAAACAUGAAAAAUACUGAAU